UAUGUUCUAGAAAGUUUGAAUGGCUAACCAUAAACAUUGAAUUACUAGACGAAGUUGCACAAUUUAUCUCGUAAACGAAAGAUUCUUUCGCUCGGAAAUAAUCGAAAACUUCAGAUUGUCGAAUUACUCUCUACGUGUUCUACAUACUGUGUAAACCGUGAAAAUUGAGUAGUUUCUCACGAGUGUGUAUAGUGAUUGCAAAGUUACAGAAUUGGAUUUUCUCCCCGAGAAUCAUUUAGCAUCCUCGAUAUAUUUAGGCAAAACGGUGUGCCGAAACAUUGAAAAGGUGUACAUUUACGAUAGAAUCAGCGGGCUUCGUAAAAUUUGCGAUCCAUUUAUAGGAGGUUACCAACAAGAGAGUGGUAAAAGGAAACCGUCGGAGGGUCGUCGUUUGCGUUUGGAAUGAUAAUCAGCAGUGAUCGAUAUUGGUGCUGACUCGGGCAAGACGAUUGUUUCACACGAAUUGAACGGAUAAAAACUAUUCAAACGUGAAUACGCGAAGUGUAUCGGAAUGAUAAACCUAAAAGUGAAAACACUUGAUUCCCAGAAUCAUGACUUCAGCGUGGAUGAUGAUAUCACUGUUCGUCAGUUCAAAGAGCACAUAGCGGAAAAAAUUAACGUUGCAGUGGAUAUGCAGCGUUUGAUUUACUGUGGUAGAGUGUUGAGCGAUGACAAAGCAUUGAAAGAGUACGAUGUCAAUGGAAAGGUGGUCCAUUUGGUCCAAAGAGCUCCCCCAUCUGCUCGUGGGGCUAGUUCCGGUGGAGGUAGUUCCAGCUUAGGGGAGGAUGGCGCUCGCAAUACGGCAAGGCGAUCACGUAGCAGCGACAAUGCGGCCCGACCGCAAAUAUUCCGUGGAUUGGAUGACUUCAAUACGAUGUACUUUGGAUCGAUGACUUCGAUACCGCUGAACGUGAAUGCCACCACUCCACCUCAGAUCCCUACCGUGAGUCCUUCGUCGACAUUGUGCAUGAAUCGCAUUACCGUGGCUCGUCAUAUGCUCCAAUGUGCGGACAAUAUUGUCAGCUUCUUGGAAGCACCUGAGCGUGGCCUCAAUAAUACCGCUAUGGACAUCCUGUCUCAGCAAACAAUGGAAUCGACUGUAUUCGAAGUUGGCAUCAGUGCUGUUGGCGAUGUCGAUAUUCCACAAAAUCAAAUGCAAAAUUUUGUUCAAGCGUUUCAAGGUGCUGUUUCUGCGGCAUUUCGCCAGAAUGGUAUAUCGAAUGUGACAGUCCAGCAGCAGGAUACGACGACUCCCUCCGUUCAAGUUUUUGGUACGAUUCCUGAUUCUGCGAUGACCACGCCACCAAACACAAGUGCUACAGCCACACCUGCCCAGGAAAGCUCUGGUGCAUCCUCUGGAAGUUCUUCUACCUCGUCUAGCACUUCUGAGUCAAGUGCUGAUUCCAGGAGACAAGCUCGCCCGGGUUCUUCGAGGAAUCAAACAACCAGCACCCAAACGUUGGCAGAAGUCGUGCAGCAAAUGAGAAAUGUCCAACGUCGGAUGGAACCAUUCAUGCAACGAUACUAUGAAAUUUUGCAGAAUGAUCCAACAUUCGGAGAUGGUGAUGCUACAGCACGUCAGGAUGCCCAACGCGUUUUCGACCGCAUCUCGGAAGCAUUGCAUUACAUGUCUCAUGCUCAGCACGCGAUCAGUGAUUUGAUGCUGGAUUUGCAGACAUCGACGCCCCGCCAUCUUUGCUGUAGACCGAUUUUGGUUGAGCAAUCUGCCUUUGUUAGCUCUGGAAUUGCCGCUGUCCCGAAUAACAUAAAUUUAGCCAACUUAUUGAGAGCAACAAACAACAAUAAUAAUACCGAAAUGGGCAACAAUAUCAAUGCUCAAAUCAUAAAUCUAUCGAUCCCUGGAAUGACUGGACCUAUAGCGGGUCAAGCUGUUCCAGUCCAGCCGCCAACUCCGAUUGGUUCGCAAAACAGAUCUACCGGAGCCUCUGGAUCUACUUCUGGGGCACAAACGGCAGGCGGUGGGGAUACUGCAACUGCUAACCAACACAAUCAAGGCCAGCAGCAGCAGCAGCAGCAACAAGGUCAGUCUGCUACACCAACUUUGAACAACCUUCCAGACGAUAUUGUCACUCGUGUGUAUAUUCCCCUGAACGACUCUGCUACUGUAAGACGAAUGCGGAAUAUUAUUCGGACAUUUGAAGCUACAGAAGGUUCCAAUCCUACCACCACCAAUACGCAAAACAGCGCAAAUGCUAGCACUACCAGCAAUUCCUUAUCUGACGAAUUGCAGACAACUUCCUCAUCCUCUUCUUCCACCAACUCACGGACGACGAGUGAGUCCGAAUCAAACAGCUCGAGCUCUCCCGAACGAUUAGCGAACUUCAACAACGCCAACAACAGUAAUAAUAGCGCACAAAUGCAGGUAGCUCGACUGAUUCAGGCGGUUGUGAACGCAGCUCCGGUCCACGCAGAUAUUCACGUGCAAAUUAACGCAGGUGGCAAUUCCCCAGCAUCAACGUCGAGUAAUACCAGCGGUGCAGGUCAGACGGCCAACCCAACUAUGACUAACAAUACCACUACCAAUACGAAUGGUGCUGGAAGCGAGAAUGGGUCUCAAUCACGUUUUGCAACAGUUACACUACCGACAACGUCAACCCAAACAAGAUCCACUUCGAGACCUCACGUCCACAGCAUGCCUCCGCCGAAUAUACGCAACGUACGACCUUUGCCGGCUAACAUGUUAUGCUCAUUCGAUAGGUUCCUCCCUUGCAAUAGUCAUCACAUUCGCGAGAAUAUCGACCGUGUUUCCGCUGAAACAGCCACCGCUCGUAAUAAUCAAACAAAUAGCAACAAUAACAGUAAUGGAUCUACACCCACUCCCACUGCGGCUCGUUCGAGAACAGAUUCGGAGCUUUCUUCUUUGCCGCUCAAUUUGUUUGGAAUACCGUUUACGUUUGCGGAUUUACAGCAAAUAGUUCCGCACCCGAAUACGCUGAAUCGAAUACGAGAUUCUCUGCAAUCAUUCGUCGUUGAAACGUUAUUCACCGGGCAAGCAAUCAGCGAUGAGGCAAUGGAAAAUGCAAUGAAUCUACUGAUCCGACGACUAGAACCGAUAUUGACGAUUGUUUCUAACUACGACCUGCCAGAUUACGAUACACGGGCCUCGAUAGAAAACCUUAUACGCAACUCAAUCCCGUUUUGCAUCAAUUUGAUACGGGAAGACAGUAGUCAGCAGUUUGGUCCGCGUCUACUCCGAUCCCUAGUCACUUUCUUCCGUCGUUUUUUCAUGAUUUUGAUUACAUGCAUUGGGCACGAGAAUGCAGAGUCUUUCUCCGGACAGCUGGUGGAUAUGGCAAUCCACAAUACCCAAGGAGCUGGCUUCGUGAGAAUGGAGCUUUACGACCUUUUCAUGCAUGCAAUCGAACGACAACUGGAUCGAACAAGCCAACAGGACCACCAUGAAAUUCAAGAAUUUCUAGUUAUCAGAAGGAAUGGACCAAAUCAACCCAACAACCAACUUGAACCUAUUCCAAUGGAGGUCGACGAACCGGAAUCUACCACUCCAGAGCUUGUGUCAGAUAUCGCUGAAAUUUCGAUAUCUAUUGAACCACCAAUCGUCAACAUUGAACAAUGUGCCGCAAUAGUGAUUUCCGCUGGGCCUGCAUCUGCGGCAGUCCAACCAUUAGUGACAGCGACAAUCACUCCACAAUCGACGUCUUCACCGGCUCCCACCAUUGAGAACAGCGAGGAUGUGACAAUGUCAACACCGAUUGCAAUAGUUGACCCACAAGUACCCCCUCCGUUAGAGAAAAAAGAUGAAGAGCAAGAUAUACCACCUGUUGUCGUUGGUUCUGAAUCGUGGCAUUCGCACUUACCGUCUACUUGGCUACCGGUCAUCACACGUGAUAUCGCCCGACAGAGAAGACAGAAUCCACACAGUCCCUUCUCCGACGCGUAUAUUUCCGGUAUGUCAUCGAAACGGCGCAAAUUGAUUGCCGAAACGAAACCUCCGUCUGACAUUCCAUCGUUAAUAUCGGAUGGUGUGAGGCAUGCUUUCCAAAGCACUGGCAUCAAUCCGGCUAGUGUCAACGGUAGUAAUUCUAGCACAGCCGCGAACAAUGCCGCCGGGAGCAGACUAACGGCGUUGGACGAGUUGGCUAGUUCAAUAUCGGACGAUACUGCCGUUCAAGGUUCCUACUGUGAAGCGAUGAAGGCAAGCAUUCGUGAAAGACUAGCUAAAGAUUCGGACUAUGACGCGGGACGGUUUCCGAAUUGCUCGAAAUAUUUCGAGAAAUAGUUGCUAUUUAGCCAUUAGCACAUAGCCGAUGUGAAGGGGGAGUUUUUUGAAUAGACAGCAGAAAAUUUCUAUGAACAAAUGGAAGUGGUAUAACAAAAUCAUCUUAAAUCAGAGUAUGUAUUUCAGUCAGUGGUACAACUGUACAAUAAAACAACUGAAGGUAUGAGACACUUCCGAUAAAAAAACAUACCAUCACUAACCAAAUCCAGGAAAUGAAAAAAUGUGGGCUUGCUAUAAAAAAAAGUCGUAGAAAUUAAUUACGAAUUUUCUGACGAAAAUUUGCUAGUGUAAAUGUGACUGGUAAAUAUUCUGUUUACGCAAAUUUAUUUUGUGUAUAUUAUUUUAUGACGCUUUAAUAAAUUUCUAGAAAUUUGCGCUGCAAUUUAGCUACAAAAAUAUACGAGGAAAUUUGCUUUUCUCUUUUGUUGUGAAAACAAAUAUUCUUGAUCUUUUAGUUCGUUUAGUUCGUGGAUCAUUUUCUAAUUUGAAUACGGUGUAAAUAGAGUCAAACUUUCUUUCAGCGAUAAAAAUAAUUAAAAGUUA